GCGGCCCACGGGGAACUGCAGCCCGGCCCGCGACGAGCGCGACUUGGCCUUGGCCCGCGCCUUCCCGCCCUGCUUCCCGCGCCCGGACAUCUUCCCUGGCUCGCUCCGCGACAAACUCUCACCCUACACUACACCAGCAGGAACAUAAAGUAUCCAGCAAGAACAAAGACGCAGAAGAGUAGGCGGUAUCUGCCAAUGGCGGGAGUUUUAAACUUUGAAUCCACCAAUGAAACUCAGCACGUACCCAUCUGCCUAUCAGAGAAGGCACGAGUGCUAUAUAUAGCCCGCGAAGAGAAGCAGGGCGGUAGUGCUGCUGCGGGCAGCUCCCAGCUUUCGAUUUGCAGCCAUGGCGCGCACGAAGCAGACGGCGCGUAAGUCGACGGGCGGGAAGGCGCCCCGCAAGCAGCUGGCCACCAAGGCGGCCCGCAAGAGCGCGCCGGCCACGGGCGGCGUCAAGAAGCCGCACCGCUACCGGCCCGGCACGGUGGCGCUGCGCGAGAUCCGCCGCUACCAGAAGUCGACGGAGCUGCUGAUCCGCAAGCUGCCCUUCCAGCGCCUGGUGCGCGAGAUCGCGCAGGACUUCAAGACCGACCUGCGCUUCCAGAGCUCGGCCGUCAUGGCGCUGCAGGAGGCCAGCGAGGCUUACCUGGUGGGGCUCUUCGAGGACACCAACCUCGCUAUCCCGGUACGCAUGUCUGGCAGAGGCAAAGGCGGGAAGGGGCUCGGCAAAGGCGGCGCCAAGCGCCACCGCAAGGUGCUGCGCGACAACAUCCAGGGCAUCACCAAGCCGGCCAUCCGCCGCCUGGCUCGGCGCGGCGGCGUCAAGCGCAUCUCGGGGCUCAUCUACGAGGAGACGCGCGGCGUGCUGAAGGUCUUCCUGGAGAACGUCAUCCGCGACGCCGUCACCUACACCGAGCACGCCAAGAGGAAGACGGUGACGGCCAUGGACGUGGUCUACGCCCUCAAGCGCCAGGGACGCACCCUCUACGGCUUCGGCGGCUAAACCCAACCUGUUGCUCCUGGAUCACCUCGAGAAACGAACCCAAAGGCUCUUUUAAGAGCCACCCACUUUUUCCUUUAAAAGAGCUGUGUUAACUUGUUAAAUUGAAAACGGUAAUUGAAUUUAAGUGUAUAAUAUCCAAUUUACUAAGAUUAUUAAUACUAGUGAUGGAAUACCACUGAUAUGCGUUGUGAUUAACCACCUGCUGUAUAAUGUGUAACUGCUGUUGACGGGGAAGUGCUCAUUGCUGUGUAAGAUGCACUUUUCCUUGUGUGUUCCAAAUUCUCUUA